GCGGAGAGAAAAAAAAGGUCGCUGUCGGUUUGGGCGCGCGGUUGUCAAGAUGGUGGUGCAGCACUUUUGUGGUUAGGCUGUCACGCGGGCGACGCCGACAUCAAUUAAUUAAAAACGCAUUUUUUUUCUUUUUCUAAAUUUUAUUGUUUACUAUUUUCUUUAAAACUGUGAAGCUUCUCUUUGAUUUUAAUCUUCAUAAAGUUCUGCACAUUUACGCGCUGGAACGCUCAACAAUGCCAAAUAUUAAGAUAUUCAGCGGUAGUUCUCAUCAGGAUCUUUCACAGAAAAUCGCUGACCGUCUGGGGCUGGAACUCGGAAAGGUGGUAACCAAAAAAUUCAGCAAUCAGGAGACAUGUGUUGAAAUCGGCGAAAGUGUGCGUGGGGAAGAUGUCUACAUUGUUCAGAGUGGUUGUGGUGAGAUCAACGAUAACUUGAUGGAGCUUUUGAUUAUGAUCAACGCUUGUAAAAUUGCAUCUGCUUCCCGUGUAACUGCUGUCAUCCCUUGUUUUCCAUAUGCUCGACAGGAUAAGAAGGACAAGGUGGGGAGCCGAGCCCCUAUUUCUGCCAAGCUUGUUGCAAAUAUGUUAUCUGUAUCUGGAGCUGAUCACAUCAUUACCAUGGACUUGCAUGCUUCUCAAAUACAAGGUUUUUUUGAUAUACCUGUUGAUAACCUUUAUGCAGAACCAGCUGUACUCAAGUGGAUUAAAGAAAAUAUUCCUGAAUGGAAGAACUGUACCAUCGUGUCCCCUGAUGCAGGUGGUGCAAAAAGGGUUACAUCUAUUGCUGAUCGCUUGAAUGUUGAUUUUGCUUUAAUACAUAAAGAAAGAAAGAAAGCUAAUGAAGUUGAUAGAAUGGUUUUAGUUGGUGAUGUGAAGGACCGUGUUGCAAUUCUAGUUGAUGACAUGGCUGAUACAUGUGGUACAAUCUGUCAUGCUGCUGACAAGUUGCUGUCAGCAGGAGCUACUAAAGUAUAUGCGAUUUUAACACAUGGUAUAUUUUCUGGUCCAGCCAUUUCGCGCAUCAACAAUGCUUGCUUUGAAGCGGUGGUUGUAACCAAUACUAUUCCUCAAGAAGACAAGAUGAAGCACUGUCCAAAAAUACAGGUGAUUGAUAUCUCCAUGAUUCUAGCAGAAGCCAUUCGCAGAACACAUAAUGGAGAGUCUGUCUCAUAUCUGUUCAGCCAUGUCCCGUUGUAACGCCCUGUAGUUUUAUGCAGCUUCAGCCAGUUUUACCAAAAAGUGAUAUAGACAUAGUCCUGGCUCCUUCCUUCAGUGUUGCUUCUUUGGCAUCAAAGCCACUGCUAAAAAAAAAAAAAUCACAUGCCCAAAGCUGAACUUUACAUGGGGUGAGCUUUAGCAGGUCUUCUAUACAUGGUUGUCAAAGAUUCACUCCCUGAUUGUAUAUUUUAGGAAGGGAUGGUGGGUGGGAGAGAAAAUAAUUAUUCUUAAUCUAUUGUGAAAUUCCAACAAUCAGUCUUCUGGUGCUGCUGUAUUUUGUCUGCCCCCUUUUUGUCAAAAGUAGGCCUGCUUCUGCAUUAAGAUGAAAAUAAUGAAAGCUGCUGCUACAAAUAUUUCUCUUGCAGAGAAUACAUAUAUGCUGCUUGUCUGUCUGGUAUCUUGCCCUUAUAGUACCAGGGAUCUUGGACAUUCUUUAAAGCGGAGAGAAAUUUUUCUGGAUUCUAAUAGAGAAGAAGAAAUGUUGUGGUGUUUUGUUUUUUUUUUUUUUUUUUUUAAAGAACUCAUCAAGACUUAUUACUUGGAGCAUUUAUCCCCAUCUUUGUUUUGUGCUGGUACUUAUAAAUUUACAGGAACAUUCUAGUAACUUUGCCAUUGACAAAUGUUUGACAUUACUUCUUUUUGGCUUUAAGUACAUGCAAAUUGUAAGUGGCGUUGUACAUCUCAAGCUUUAUUGAGAACUGUUAUAUUAAAAAAAAAAAAAAAAAGUCAGCAUUAAACUAAUGUUGAUCAAGAAAGAUCUGUGUUCAGUUAAAUAUUCUGAAACCCUCCUUGUUUAUCAUUGGCAGAUUUUCUGCACUUGGGUGACUCCAUCAAUCUUCUGUGUAUGUUUAAAAGCCAAAGAUUUUUUUUUUCUUGGCAAGAGUAUUGCAUUUUAUUUGCAUAUGUCAAUUUUAAAGAGACAUCGAGUCAGGGCUGAAUUAAUUUUUACAUAUUGUUCUGUAAUAAUAGAGUGUGUAGGAUAAUGUUAUGGAAGUCUGUUUUUCACGUAAAUAAAAUUGUUCAACAUUG